AACUUCCCUCCCGAAUUCUACGACGGCUUGUCAAAGAUUUGGCUUACGCCUCGUGCUCUGCGAGAGCUCGACCGGCGGAACGAGAACCUCCCUCUGUCCAAUUCUAAGCCUGCGGCAGAGUUUGUAAAACCUCGUGGCGCAAAGCUUGCUGCGCUUGCGAAACUUGGUGUCUCGAAGCGUGCCCAGUUUGCGGCAUCUGGGGGCCCAGAUCUCAGUGAUCUCAAAGGGUAUCCAGAGCCAACGAACGUUACUCACUCGAUGGCGUCGCCAAUGCUCCCCUUGAACCGUGAUACAGCAUCUCUCGUGUCCUCAAGCACCCGGCAAACGCGGCGAACUGGAAAAAGGUCUGCCACAUCUAACAAAAGCAAACGCACGUCGGCAUAUGACGACAAUCUCGAGCAGCAUUGUCUAAAAUACUGCAUCUACUUUCCUCGACAUAGAUUCUCCAACGGUAGGCGUCCACCUAAACCGAAUAACCUCAAAGAGAUUCGCAAAGCUCUUGAACAGCCAGGGCGCUCUCUUUCCUCUUCCACUGCUCUCGAGACAGCCCACGAUGACUUCUUGGAUAAACUUCCGGGUGCAACCGAAGAUGACCUGGUGCGCAAACUAAUUCCGCUUCUUGUUGGUGACGUGGAUAUCUCAAACAGUGGCAACUGUUUCUUUACCAAUUUACGCUCGAGGACUGGGUAUACUACAACUACACCACGGCCCGAUUACUUCGAAGGAGCUCUUCUUGAAGAUGUGGACAUGACUGUAAGAGAUGACCUGAAGAAUCAAAUAAUCCCGACAAAAAACGCAGCAACUCCCAUCGUGCCCAAUUUCUUUAUGGAAUUCAAAAACAAUGCAGGAAAAAUGAAGGUAGCGGAGAGGCAGACGACAAUGAACGGCGUGCACGGAGCCUAUAUAAUGCAUGCCCUGAAGAAUUAUCGCCUGGACGAGGAAAUUGAGUACGAUGGCAACGCCUAUGCAUUCACGGCAACUUUGGUUGAUACAUACCUCAGACUAUACGCACAUCAUCUGGCAGCCCCUUCCCAGCCUGGUGAUCGACCUGGUUGCUAUGCCACUUUGCUUAAAGCUUAUGCGCUAGACGAUGAAGAGGCUUAUUUGGCAGGCAGGGGAGCAUUUAGGAAUCUGAGGAUGAGAGCAAAAGAAGACCGCGACCGCUUUAUUGCGAUUGCCAAUGCGAGGGCGCGG